ACAGGAACAGGAGACAGUGAUCAAGAUACUGGCUUCUGUGUUACACAUUGGCAACAUCUUCUUCAAAGCUAUACAUGUAAGUUUUCAUCUUGUCAUUCACGCUUGUAUAAUUCUGGAGAAUUAUCAUUCAUAUGACUUCCACCUGAACAGUUUUGAGCAGCUCUGCAUCAACUAUGCCAAUGAAACCCUGCAGUACUUCUUUAACCAACACAUUUUCCAACUGGAGCAGAAAGAGUACACCAAGGAGAAGAUUCGCUGGGAGCACAUCGAGUUCAAAGAUAACCAGCCUACCAUUGACCUCAUUGCCACAAAACCGUCUGGUAUUCUACAUAUUUUGGAUGAUGAAUGCAAUUUCCCGCAGGUGCAACACUUUCUAGAGAAGAACAAGGACACCCUCAGGAGUGACGUCAUUGAACUUAUGUGUGAAAGCAAGAAUAAAGUAUGUCAUGUUUUGUCUUCAGUCAAGUAUUUAAGAGUUGGGGCAGCUCUGAAACUGGAAGGUAGGAGGCUCAAUGGGUCUAACUUAUGA